AUGAAGCUGCACUCCUUCUUUGAGCCUGGGCUUCGCGCCAGCGACACCCCGUACACGUUGACGACGAGACAAACUCUCUCCAGCGGAACCGAGAGUUUCACCAAGCCGUCCUCUCUCACGUUCACCGUCGACGCCCCUCGAUUCUCCAUCCCCGCCAGCGAGAUCCAUUCCGUGUAUCCAGCGCCAGGAUCAUCGGAACACGCUCGCGUGCUGCCUCAUGUGGUGCUGAACGAUCCCCAACUGCCGUGGGAGCGCGCCGUCCCCGAAGACAAUGACAAAAACCUCAAACGGCAGCCUUGGAUGGCGCUGUUGGUAUUCACGGCCGACGAGCUGCAAGCAACGCCCUUGCCAGGCACCAAGAACACGCCGUCGCCCACGCAUGGGUUGUCGGCGAGUGUAUCGCAGCUGGUACAGGCAGACCAGGCACAGGCUUCUUCCUUUCGCUGCCCUAAUGUCAACAGCCACGACGCGAAAGACGAGACGGCAGUGACGUACAUUAUGCUGAAGAAGCAGCUGUUUGAAACGUUGAUCGUCAAGAAUAAAGCCAUCUUCAGCUAUUUCUCCCACGUCCGUCGGGUGGAUGUCACCGGGAGCGCCCAUGUCUCGGACAAGCCCGAGGAACACCCCUUCAGCGUGGUGUUCUCACCUCGGACAGGCCCUGUAGAGGGCAAAGAUCAGGCUGUCUACGUGCAUCUAGUGUCUCUAGAUGGAGUCGCCGAUAACCUGAAAGACCGAGUGUUGACUGCAGACGUCCAAACCGUCGGCUUGAUCUCUCUGUACGCCUGGUCGUACCGUAUUUGCCCGGGGGAUGAGAUCAGCUAUCGCGACAUUCUCUCCAAUCUGGACAAGGAUAGACAGCCUCUCCGUCGACCAAAGGACUUGAUCGAGGGCCUUGCAAAGGAUGAAAACAACGCAUGGCUCGUCGAGAGAUUGCAAGCAGGCUACACGCCGACCCGCCACCGCACGCUUACCGGCGAGACAACCGUCGCCUUUUACAGAGGCCCCCUGACGCCUCUAUACAUCCCCCCCCGGCAGUGUGUGCCCACUACAGCCGGGAGAGAGCUGCAGAUUCUCGAUCCACGCACUGGGAUCAUGGAUGUGAGUUAUAGUGCGGCGUGGGAGCUGGGUCGCAACCUCGCCAUUACGGAUAAGGCGUUCACGGCGGCGAUGCUUCGUCUACGCAGUGAUAUCAUGGCGUACGCAGUCAAGGAUCCGGAAAGGGAGAAGAGUAAAAGCACGUUUGCUGCCUUGGGGCGGAAGCCUGCAAAGCAUAAUCUCUACAGCGGUGUCUAUCGAUGGGCAAAUACUAAACCCUCAAAGCAGGCUUCUACUCCAUCGUCUUCUGUGGAUUCCGCUCUUCAAAGCCAGGUCAGAGAAUGGCUGCAAAGAAUGGCAGAUAGCCAGGUCCAGGCCGAGCUGAACAAUACAAAACCCACGGCGUCAACCGACUGGAUCUUCGUUCUGCAGUGGGUGCAGAGGAAACUGGCGCUGCAAGGCAUCCCAGCGCUGUAUCUCUUCCCCGAUCCUGCCGUUCUCCCUCUUGAAGCCUUCCGAACAUUCUAUGUGGAUGAGAACUGGACCGACGCCCUUGUCGACGGCGCCUUGAGUAUCGCCAACCACUCCCUCGGCGAGGAUGGCAUCAAACGCGAGAUCCGCAAGAGCUUCAACGUCUACUUUGAUGCGAUCCAGAAAGAAAACCCGGCGUUGGCAACCGCCUGGCGGCCUCGAUGGGGGCUCAUCCUCCGCAGCCAGCUGGUGCGCGCGUAUCCCAACCUGCGGAUCGAGAGAGAAAACAACAACGUCGACGUGGAGGCGGCCUUCACCACGCUCACGGAGGAUACGCUGAUCUACUACCAGAGCGAGACGCCCGAGACCACCAAGGACACGGCGCUGGUCAUCUCGCAGCCCUUCCAUCACCAGCGCUUCUCUCUGGGCGAUGACCUUACGGCCAGCAGGUUGGAGAUGUCCUUUAAAUUGUUCCGGACGACGGGAGACGAAGCCAAGGAAAAGGAGCAGCUCGAUGGCGCCAUCAACCUGGCCACCUGGACGCCGGGAAGCACGGCGUUGUUCAAGUGCAAGACGGAUGCUUUUGACGACAUCACCUUGGGAAUCAUCUACGACUGGACCACGCGGUGCAUCGAUAUCAAAGAACUGAUCAAGUCGUGCAAGGAGCUCAACGAGAGGGUCAUGAAAGACCUUUGUGUUGUCCAGGAGGAUUCAGCGGCGUAUAUUGGGCUACAACUGAAUGAUGAGAUCCUCAUGCUGCGGAUGGACUAUGAAAGGACUCAAGAAGAGGACUCCAAGCCGCGUCUCUUGAAUGAUCCAGACAUUUUGACUUCACAGACUUCCACGCCAGGCAACAUGGAGAAGACGGAGAAGAGGGUUGAAAAGACAAUGUUCAUUCCGGAGCCUGCCCUGAUCAACACUGCUCUCCUCCCCCCUGUCCAUGGCUUCAACCUCGACUCUCUCAAAGCAGCCGUUCCAUUUGUCCCUGUCAAUGAGCCUGUUGCCUAUAACAAUCUGCAGCCCAUCACCACCUCACAGCUGUCCAAGAUCUGCUCACCUCUGCUCGCGCAUCCACGGCGCAAUUUCCCUGCCGGCGCCCCCAUCACGCUUGACAUCGUCUUCAGCAUGACGGCCAUCACUGACGUCCGACAGGAUCUGUACCUCGGUGAGGUGGCCGUCUACAUCCCCAUGGGCGAGAUCAACAGCAACCUACUACAAGUGAAGGCUACGCGACCAAAAGCACGCAUGAUCGGACCAGGCAGAUUAUGGAACAUCACUUCACGUCUGGUGAAGGGGAAACGACACCGCAUCAAUCUCGAGGGCGACUGGAGCAUGCAGGACGCCGUCGACGGACACGACCAGCUGUAUCUGGGCGUCACCAUCUCCGCAUUACAAGACCAUCCCCUUCAUCUACUUCGACACGGACAGGUCAGCUUCCUUCUUCAGGAGAUGCAGAUCAACCCGUUGCCCUGUGAACGAGUGCCGCUGCUGGUUGAAGAGGCGUAUUUCAGAGCGACGGAUGAGGGAGAGUACGAGGACGUGGGAAGGGUGAAGACGGUGGUGGGAGUGACCAAGGAGGAUUGUAAGUGGGUGUAA